AAUAAAGAUUGACGAAUCAAUCUUGACUGCCGGAUUCACGUUAUCAAAUCAAAUCCCUAAUUCACUAAUUGGUGGGUUGUGACCUACGUCUGUGCUGUGCCCCUACCCAAGAAAUCUGCAGAAUCCACCAUAGAAUAGAAUAGAAUAGAAGCUGCAAUGGCCUCCUCCUUCAAUGGCGGCAGUGUCCUCUUCGUGCUCUCCGCCCUCCUCCUCUGUGGCGCCACUCAGGUCACCCCCAUGGACUAUCUGCUCCCCAUAUGCAAGACCGUCGGCGGCGGCAGCACCUUCGUCGGCAUCCAGUUCUGCAUGGACACCUUCCACUCCGAUCCCCGGACCGCACACGGUGCGACGUACCAAGAGCUCGCCGCCAUCGCAGUCGACCUCCUGACGGUCAACGCCACCAGCACCAAAGCCAAAAUCGGCGGCCUUCUCGGCGGCAAGACGGCGGACGCCGCCACCGCGCAGUGCCUCAGAUCCUGCCAAACUCUUUACGGCGGCAUAUUGCAGCGGCAGCCUGGCAGCGCCGCCGCGGUCAAGGACGGCAAGUUCAGCGAGGCAAUCUCGCCCCUGGAGAAAUCGGCGGCCGCGGCCAAGGAGUGCGAGGAUGGCUUCAGCAAGAGCCACGUGCCGUCGCCGGUGACGGUGGAGAACGGCAACGCUUUCCAGCUCGCCAAGCUCGCCGUCGCCUUACUCCAAGUCUAG